CCUCUUGCCUUCCUACCAUACAUUCUCACCAUGAACGUCUUCAAGUCUCUCGGAAAACUCAUCUGGGGAGAUUCAUCCAACCCGGAGCUGGUCCAGAUUUCCUCAGGACAGUUUUACAUUUACAAAUCCACCGGAGUACGCCAGCGCACUAGGGAGUGCAUCUAUAUCGACUCCAUGGCAACUAUACGCCGCACUUCGCAGCCUUUCCAAUUUGUCCUCGCCAUUAGCCGCGUCUUUGAGGAGGGGGAGGAGACCCUCCAAGAGGAAGAACAAGAACUGGAAGACGAAAAGAUCUUUUUGAUUGACGCAGGAAUGAGGUUCAAGAAGGGCGUUUCCACAGGAGCAACCGCUUUUACCUGGCAAGGUCUUUCAUCAGAGGACGCAGGAGUGGAGUACGAGUUCGUUUGCGAUGAUGAGACAACCGUAUUCACCGCAAACAACUUUGAGAUCACCAUGUACCAGUGCAUGUACGAGCGCAAGCACCAGAAAUCACACUUUUCUGCAGAGGAGGAGGACAUUCUGAAGUUCCAGAUCUCUUCCGGCGCCAAUGAUUCAACUUCACCCUCAACAUCCCAUUCAGCCGCAUCUUCGAAAACAACUGCCAAAGGAGCAUCAAAAUAUCCUAUAAAGAAGGAGCAGAGGGAGCCUGCCGUUAAGGCGGAAGAGCGGGACCAGGGCAUUGAAAAACCAGCUCUUCGCGACAUUCCCACAACAUACGAUGGUGUGGCUGAGACUGUGGGAGAGCUGAAUCUUUUUGACCCCAGGACAAACCUAUUCAUGGCUCAGGCUGAUAAAGUGCGCUGUCAGCUUUUGCGUACAGCGAAAUAUACCUACUGGCUUGUCGUCCUCGACAGUGCCGGCAAGCAGCAGCUCGCACAGCCUCUGGAGCCAAGGAUGAACCCUGUGUUCAGUUCUACACAUCGCUCGUUUAUCUGGAAUUACUUUGACGAGCAGCACAACGUCUUUUCAUGGCUUAUCCGCUUCCCUACUGAGGCUGCUCUGAGCGAGUUCCAGGGCGUCUUUGGCGAGUGUAUGUACGAGGCCCUGAACCAGCAGGCGUGGGCAAAGGUUUCGUCCGAGGACCAAGAAUACAUGAUUAAGACUUACCAGGACGAUGUCGACAUGACCGAGGACGAGGCUCGUGAAGAGGAGGUCGAGGACGAGGGUAGCGAAGAAAAUUCUGAUGGUGAGUACGAUGAGGAUGAAUAUGACGAAGAUGAUGAUGAAGAGGAAGAGGAAGAGCAGGAUGGAUUCAAACAGGAUACGGCCCGGAACAGUCAGCUCGCUGUCGGCUUCAAGGAUCGCUCAUUUGUCGUUCGUGGAAACAAGAUCGGAGUGUUCAAGCAUACUGAUCGCGACGGCUUGGAUUUUGCGACGACGAUCAAAAAUAUCAGUAAUUCCAAGGGCCGAGAAAUCAAGCCCACUCGUGUUGUUUUGCAUGAGCAGGACAGGUCUAUGGUGAUGUUGGACCCCGAGGAUCUGAACACUGCGUACAAGAUGGAUCUCGAGUACGGAAAGAUUGUCGAGGAGUGGAACAUGCCUGGAACUUCAGGCGUGUUGAACCUUAUCGGCGACUCGAAGUACUCGCAUUUGACGGACAAUAAAACCAUGGUCGGACACUCUCACAACGCCAUGUUCCGUGUCGAUCCUCGUCUCUCUGGAUCCAAGAUUGCACAAACCGAACUCAAGCAAUAUGCCAAGGGCAACGAUUUCACUUGCCUUACAACAACCGAUAAUGGGUCAGUUGCCAUGGCAGGAUCGAAGGGAGAGAUCAAGUUGUUCAAUGUCAUUGGCAAGAACGCAAAGACUGCUUUGCCUGGCAUGGGCGAUCCUAUCAUCGGUAUCGAUGUUACCGGUAAUGGUCGAUAUAUCAUUGCUACCUGCAAGACAUACCUAAUGUUGAUUGAUGUCCUUAAUUCGGAGAACAAGAAGCUUGGAUUUGACGCCAGCUUUCCCGCCAAGGGCAAGCCCAAGUGCAUUAAGCUGCACCUGAAACCCGAACAUGUUGCUGCCAUGAAGCAGGCUGUUUCGUUUACGCCCGCCCGAUUCAACACGGGCGUGAACGAGGAGGAAAAGACGAUUGUGACAAGUACCGGGCCAUAUGUCAUUACUUGGAACUUCCGCCGCGUCAAGAACGGACACUACGAGUACCAGAUGAAACAGUAUGCGGACGAUGUCGUCGCAGACAACUUCAAGUUUGGUCAGGACCGCCAGAUCGUUGUUGCCUUGCCGCACGAUGUCACGGCGUUCUCCAAGCGCAACAUGACGAGCCCUGCAGAAACACUGAAGGCUCCGAGAAACAAGUAAAACUGCGUAGUAGUCUAUAACAUUGAUCAUAAUAAAAGACAGCCCCUUCCUCUGAGGUUAAAAUUGGCGUCGCCAGACCAUAC